UGGUUAUAUUGCCUUUCUCGUGAAAGAAGAAAAGUAACCGAGAAAAACCAUGAACCGUCCGAAAAAGCCGGUCGCCAUUCGAAAGGUAUGGGCCAAGAACUUGUUCGAAGAGCUCUCUCUCAUCAACUGCAUCGCCCUCCGCUACCCAUUCGCUGCGAUGGAUACGGAAUUCCCAGGUACCAUCUUCCACCCGGCUGUCGAAAAACACCACUUGUCUCACCUCCCUCCAGACUACAACUACCGCGUCAUGAAGGCCAACGUCGAUGCCCUCAAUCUCAUCCAGCUCGGCCUCACCCUCUCUGACGCCCACGGAAACCUUCCUGACUUUGGCACCAGCCACUCCUACAUAUGGGAAUUCAACUUCAGCAACUUCGACAUCGAAUCCGACCUCCAAAACCCGGACUCCAUCGCCUUACUUGAACGGCAAGGAAUCGACUUCCACAAGAACAGGACACUCGGCAUCCAUUCGAGGCAAUUCGCCUGGCUCUUUCUCAACUCGCGACUCGCUUUCGAUUUCAAUCACGGGUCCCCACUGACAUGGAUCACCUUCCACAGCGCCUACGAUUUCGGGUUUCUGCUCAAGAUUUUGACAGGGGGGAAGUUACUACCAGAAAACCUCGGGACGUUCAUGAUUUGGGUUAACAUGUACAUCGGUGGGGCCGUGUACGAUAUGAAACACAUGAUUCGGUACUGCUCCGGAUUGUACGGCGGAUUAGAGAGGGUGGCGAAAACCUUAGAUGUCGAUCGGAUGGCUGGGAGGAGCCAUCAAGCCGGUUCAGAUAGCUUACUCACUAUGCAAACAUUCAUAAAGCUGAAAGAGUUGUACUUUAACAGAGAAGGAGGGGAAGAAGAAAUUGGUAAAUUCCGGAGUGUGUUGCAUGGACUAGAGGUUGAAGGGACACUUCUCCUUGUUUAAUUUUCAAUAUCUAUGUGAAAUUUUUCGUUUUAGACCCAGUAAAUAGACUAAUGAUUAAUUAGGAGUACAAUUUUAGUGAGUUACGGAACAGUUUUUGUAUCUGCUUUCUGUU